GUGGGGGCAAUCAUGGUGCCGCUGGGGAGGGGAGAAGCUGCUGCUGCCGCCGCCGCCGCCGCCGCCGCCGCAGUUGCCGGGAGCCGCGGAGAAAGGUCAUUACCUUUUCAUUUCUCGCAACUGAGCUGAGCACCAUUGAAUCAUGGGAGAACACAGUCCAGACGACAACAUCAUCUUCUUUAAGGCGGACGAAGAUGACCUGACCCCCGAUGACAAGAUGCUCAGGUUUGUGGAUGAAAAUGGACUGGUGCCUUCCUCAUCUGGAACUGUUUAUGAUAGGACCACUGUUCUUAUUGAGCAGGACCCUGGCACUUUGGAGGAUGAAGAUGACGAUGGACAGUGUGGAGAACACUUGCCUUUUCUGGUAGGGGGUGAAGAGGGCUUCCUAAUAGACCAGGAAGCAAUGUCCCAGGGUUACGUGCAACAUAUUAUCUCACCAGAUCAGAUUCAUUUGACUAUAAACCCUGGUUCCACACCCAUGCCAAGAAAUAUUGAAGGUGCAACCCUUACUCUGCAAUCGGAAUGUCCAGAAACGAAACGCAAAGAAGUGAAGCGGUACCAGUGCACCUUCGAGGGCUGCCCCCGUACCUACAGCACAGCAGGUAACCUGCGUACCCACCAGAAGACUCACCGAGGAGAAUACACCUUUGUCUGUAAUCAAGAAGGCUGUGGCAAGGCCUUCCUCACCUCCUACAGCCUCAGGAUCCAUGUGCGAGUGCACACGAAGGAGAAGCCAUUUGAGUGCGAUGUGCAGGGCUGUGAAAAGGCAUUCAACACACUGUACAGAUGUGAUCACGAUGGCUGUGGAAAAGCAUUUGCAGCAAGCCACCAUCUUAAAACUCAUGUCCGUACACACACUGGUGAAAGACCCUUCUUCUGUCCCAGUAACGGCUGUGAGAGAACAUUCAGCACUCAAUACAGUCUCAAGAGUCACAUGAAAGGUCAUGAUAACAAAGGACAUUCUUACAAUGCACUUCCACAACAAAAUGGAUCAGAGGAUACAAAUCACUCACUUUAUUUGAAUGAGUUGGGUCUUCUGUCCACAGAUUCUGAAUUACAAGAAAAUUCCAGUACAACCCAGGACCAGGACCUCAGCACAAUUUCACCAGCAAUCAUCUUUGAAUCAAUGUUUCAGAAUUCAGAUGAUACAGCAAUUCAGGAAGAUCCUCUGCAGACAGCUGCCUUGAUUGAAAGUUUUAAUGGUGAUGCAGAGUCAGUCAGUGAUGUUCCGCCACCCGCAGGAAAUUCAGCAUCUUUAUCUCUCCCGCUUAUACUGCAGCCUGGCAUCUCCAAGCCACCUCAGCCUCAUCUACCAGCCUCAGCUCCAUCUGCUCCUCCGCCUGCUCCCUCCCUAGGACCCGGUUCUCAGAAAGCUGCAUUUGGCAACCCCCCUGCUCUCUUACAACCUCCAGAAGUGCCUGUUUCCCACAGCACACAGUUUGCUGCUAAUCAUCAGGAGUUUCUUCCGCACCCCCAGGCCCCCCAGCCCAUCGUACCGGGACUUUCUGUUGUUGCUGGGGCUUCUGCAUCGGCAGCAGUGGCAUCAGCUGUGGCAACACCAGCCCCCCAACAAAGUACUACUGAGCCCCUGCCAGCCAUGGUCCAGACUCUGCCCCUGGGUGCCAACUCUGUCUUAACUAAUAAUACCACCAUAACCAUCGCCCCGAAUUCCAGCGCGGCCAUUCUGCAGCCCAGCCUAGUCAUGAGAGAGCAGAAUUUACAAUGGAUAUUAAAUGGUGCAACUAGUUCACCACAAAACCAAGAACAAAUUCAACAAGCAUCUAAAGUUGAACAGGUGUAUUUUACCACCGCAGUACCAGUAGCCAGUAGCACAGGGAGCUCUGUUCAACAGUUUGGCCUCAGUGUUCCUGUGAUCAUCAUCAAACAAGAGGAGGCAUGUCAGUGUCAGUGUGCAUGCCGGGACUCUGCGAAGGAGCGGGCAUCUGGUCGGAGAAAGGGCUGUUCUUCCCCACCCCCUCCAGAGCCGAACUCCCAGCCUCCUGAUGGGCCCAGCCUGCAACUACCACCCUAGACUUUUCCAGCCCCUUCCCCCUUCAUCAUCCACCUCCAUGGGACCCUUUUCCAUUGAGCAAAGCCAACAGGCUGAGGCUCCUUCCAUCCCUCACACAGAAAUGUUAAGUGCCAUGGAUGUGUCAGAGUUCCUGUCCUUCCAGAACCUGGACACCCGUCCAAUCUGAUUUGCAUUGAAGCACUACUGUAGGGGAUGGAGGAGAUGGGCCUGGCCAGCAGCUUCUCCAGGGGAAGGGCCUGUCAUGCUCACCUCCAGGAAAAGGGGGAACAGGACGCAUGAAGCGUGAUGCCUGCUAUCAUGGGGUCAGAAAUUGGAAGGAUGAAGAAGCCUGCUGUUUGAAAGCCUCACCUUUCAGACGUAUUUUCUUUAUUCACAUCCCAGGAGUACCCAUUUUACUGACCUGAUCUUUUGGAGGAGAAAAAAAAAAAAGCUAAGUUAUAAGUGAACUGUUUGGCUGCACUGUAUGUCACUUUUGCUUAUUGUUAUGUGAACUUGGAAAUUAAGGUUACUUGUGUGCAUAAAAAUACUAAAUGAAAGGAUGUGGUUUCCAUCACUCUGGUACUGCCCAUCCUUUGCACUGGGGGUUUUUUGGAUUGGGCAGAAGGAAGUUCGCUAUGUUGGGCAUUGCUCUUCCCCAUAUGUCUUUGACUCUGAGGCUAAUAUUUGUCUGGAAAGUCCAACUUUUGCAUCAUAGUGAGCAAUAGCAGGGCAGGUGAGACAGCUGUGAGUUGGCUGAGAUGGUUUUGUUGUUUGCACUUGACAUUGGUGGAAUUCCAAGUUGAUGCUGCAGAGGUCAUCUUGUAGCUGGCUCAGCACAGAUGGGUGGCUUCAAGCCUGGCCCAUGGCUGUGAGUGACGGUUGUGCCAGGACUGUAGGCAAGCUUUCAACUGCUAUUUGUUGAUGAUGUGUGUGCAGAGCAGGCUCUAGCAGCACCACCUCAGUCUUUGCCUUCCUGGUUCUUUGUGUCUCUCAGUUGCUUGCCAAGGGCUUGUGGGUCACACAGCAUUUUUCCUGGCGAACACUCCUGCUUUGUCUGAGAGUGAAAACAUGGCUUGUGGCCAGUUACUAACUAGGGGUCUGCUUCAACAGUGUGUUCCUCCUCACAGAAGAAGAGCUGCAUCUUGCUUUCUCAGGGGAAGUUGCAGUUUGAAGGAAGUGUGAAAGAAUUGGCAGGUGAUUGGCAGGCAGGUCUUAGGGUUCCAGGUUCUCUAGCCAGGCUUUUUGUUGCUCCCUACCAUCUCCACCUCUCACCUCUGCGAUUUUGCAUAAGCGUAGUACAGUGCAAAGAAGGGUGUGACUUGCUCAGCUUAGUCAUGUGAUUUGUAAGCAAAAAGAUGAAAAAAAAACAAAAAAACAAAAACAAAAAACCUA